AUGGGAGACGCUGCGCCACAACCAAAGUCCAUCCUGCGAGGACACAAGGCCCAGGUACAUGCACUUGCCUUCGUCCGCGGCAAUGAGCGUCUGGCCAGCGGUGAUGCUGAGGGCUUCGUCGUCCUUUGGGACCUCACCACCAGGCGGCCGACUGUCGUUUGGAGACCGCACGAGAACGCCAUUCUCGGCAUCCAGGCGUGGGGACACGAUCGUAUAAUUACCCACGGUCGCGAUCACAGGCUGGUCGUCUGGCAGCUCGGCCGCGACGAUGAGGUUCGUCUCAGUCAGAAGCUACCUCUCGACGAGGCGCCAGAGUCUAGACCACAGCCACAAAUUCUUCACACCAUUGACGUCAACACGAUGAAUUUCUGCUCAUUCGCAUCCUGUGUGCCACGAACCGGCGACGGGUCCGAGACCACGGGCAUGCUGCUAGCGGUGCCCAACACCCUAGCCUCGGAAUCGGUCGACGUCUACGAGUUACCAUCGCAUAAGCGACUGCACACGGUGAAAGCCAGUGAUAAGAACGGUAUGGUCAUGGCCCUGGCCCUGCUGUACGUCGACGGAGCCGAGUCUGCAGGCUCAUCGUCUGCCAAUCGCGGUGUCCUCACCCUCGUUGCCGCCUACGAGAACGGCUUGGCAACGGUCCUGCAGCUCGCCGCCGGCGGAACGUGGAACACCGUUUACUUGUCGAGGGUCCACCAGCAACCUGUCCUCUCCCUCGACGUCGCCGCGGAUCGAUCCUACUUUCUUACCUCCGGUGCGGACGCCGUCGUAGCGAAGCACCCCAUCCCGCGCCCUAACUCCGGCGUGGACGACCAGUCCGUCGUACAGCAACCGGUUAAGAUCUCAAACACCAAGCAUUCAGGCCAACAAGGUUUGCGCGUCCGCGACGACGGUCGUAUCUUUGCGACCGCAGGCUGGGAUUCCACGGUACGCGUCUAUUCAUCAAAGACCCUGAAGGAGGUGGCGACCCUCAAGUGGCACCAAGUGGGAUGCUUUGCUGUCGCCCUUGCCAAUGUCGGCGCCAGCACUACACACGGUCGGGAUGCUCCAAGCGAGCAACAGCAGCAAGAAGAGGAGCCGCCCCGCGACCUCGUGUCCCGUUCAGGGCAGUUGAGCGUCAAGGACAGGCGCAUUCUUCAAGCUCAAUCCGCCCACUGGCUGGCUGCCGGGAGUAAGGACGGCAAGAUUUCCUUGUGGGAUAUUUUCUGA